AUGGAUUCAGAAUCAGAUCGUUGUGAUAGAGAAGAUGGUGUUGUGGUGAGAGUAGGAAUAAAGGUAGUAUUGAUGGUAGUACUGGUUGGGUAUGUUAUAAUGUGGAUAAUGAUGCCCACUAACACUUACAGACAAAUAUGGUUGCCUUAUUUGCGAUUCAAGUUCAACUCUACGUACUUUGGAUACCAAGGUGCAACGCUCUUGGUAUUCUUCUUUCCUAUUAUAUUUGUUGCUGUCUUGGGUUGUGUUUAUCUCCAUCUGCUAAAGAAGAGACCAAUUAAUAUAAACUUCAGUAGCAACAAGGGCAGAAAACAUAUACUGGGGGCAUGGAAGAAGCCGAUGUUAGUAAAAGCUCCUUUAGGAAUCGUUUCAGGGAUAGAGUUGGCGUUCUUGAUAAUGUUCAUUGCACUUUUAAUUUGGUCUUUAGCAACUUAUUUACACAACAGUUUUGCUACGAUCACUCCCCAGUCAGCUGCCAAGAAUGGACAGAAAGUAUGGGAAAUGAAAUUGGAGAACUCGGCCUUGAGACUAGGACUGGUAGGGAACAUAUGUUUGACAUUUCUUUUCUUUCCGGUGGCGCGAGGGUCGUCGGUGCUGCCAGUAUUCGGUCUGACCUCGGAAGGUAGCAUAAAGUAUCAUAUAUGGCUUGGUCAUAUGGUUAUGGCCUUCUUCACUGCUCAUGGACUUGCGUACAUCAUUUAUUGGGCUGUUACCAAUCAGAUUUCUGAGAUGGUGAAAUGGGCUAAAACGGACAUAUCAAAUGUGGCCGGCGAGUUAUCAUUGCUGGCUGGGCUGGGCCUGUGGGCAGCAACAAUCCCCACUAUCAGGCGAAAAAUGUUUGAGCUCUUUUUCUACGCUCAUCAUCUCUACAUUCUUUUCAUCGUUUUCUUUCUUCUUCAUGUUCCCAUCUCUUUCACCUGCAUUACGCUUCCUGGAUUUUACCUUUUCUCGGUUGAUCGUUACCUGAGAUUCUUGCAAUCACGUCGAAGAGUUCGGGUAGUUUCAGCUCGGAUUUUGCCUUGCCAAAGUUUAGAACUCAACUUCUCCAAAAGCCCAAGUUUGAGUUAUAAUCCGACAAGCAUUCUGUUUAUAAAUGUGCCUAGCAUUUCCAAGCUGCAAUGGCAUCCCUUUACUAUCACUUCUAAUAGCAACUUGGAAUUUGACAAUUUAAGUGUCGUGAUUAAAAGUGAAGGAAGUUGGUCUCAGAAACUUCAUCAAAUUCUUUCGUCACCUAAUUCCUCCAUUGAUCGUUUAGAAGUUUCUGUUGAAGGACCUUAUGGACCUGUUUCAACUGACUUUCUAAGGCAUGACAGUCUUGUGAUGGUGAGUGGAGGCAGUGGAAUUACACCUUUCAUAUCUAUAAUAAGAGAAGUAAUCUUUGCAAGCACAACAUACAAACGCAAGACUCUACAUGUAACCCUAAUAUGUUCGUUCAAGAACUCGUCAGACCUCACCAUGUUAGACCUCCUACUUCCAAUAUCCGGUACUCCACCUGAAUUUUCCGAUCUGCAGCUAAAAAUUGAAGCUUAUGUUACAAGAGAGAAAGAGCCCACAAUCAACAACUCGAAGCUGAUUCGAACUGUAUGUUUCAAGCCACAUUCAACAGAUGCUCCUGUUUGUCCUAUAUUAGGACCCAAAAGCUGGCUCUGGCUAGGAGCAAUUAUAUCAUCCUCUUUUAUCAUUUUUCUCAUUAUAAUUGGCCUAAUUACUCGCUAUUACAUUUAUCCUAUUGAUCACAACACCAACGAAGUAUUUUCCUACUCUUUCCGAUCAUUUCUAAAUAUGCUAGUAAUAUGCAUAUGCAUAGCCGUGACAGCAAGUGCCGCUGUUUUAUGGAACAAGAAACUAAAUGAAAGAGAAGGAAAUCGGAUUCAAAGCAUGGUGGGGACAACGCCAACUGGAUCACCAUAUGAUGGUGAGAGAGAACUGGAAAGUCUGCCUCACGAGUCUCUUUUAGAGGCUAUUAAUGUGCACUAUGGUGAAAGACCUGAUCUAAAGAGAAUUCUAUUCGAGUGCAAAGGAUCAAGUGUGGGAGUUCUUGCUUCCGGUCCAAAGAAGAUGAGACAUGAGAUUGCAACAAUAUGUUCAUCUGGAUUGGCAGAUAAUCUGCACUUUGAGUCCAUCAGCUUUAGCUGGUGAUCAGCUCAGCUUUGUUAAUCUU